CCCUCAAAUGCCCAAAACACACAAAAGACUUUUGCUUUUGCUAUUUAAUAUGAAGCAAGCCAGACCUUGAGACAAAACACUGAGACCACAACCUCUUUUUGAUUAUCAUAUUGCAUUCCUCCCAUGUCUUCUUCUUCUUCCUCUUCUUCUUCUUCUUCUCCUUCUUCUUCCUUUUCUUCUUCCUCCCACUUUCCCUUCAACUAAACCUCAAACCCCCCAAACUCCACACCCUCGCCAAUUCCUCUCUCUCUCUCUCUCUCUCUUACUCCGGAAUCUCUCCAAUCCUCGUUUAUUUUUUUCUUUCUAAAGAUACUAUGCAGCCUUGUAGUAGAGAAAUGCAAGCCAUCAACUCUCUCCUAAACCCGUCUCAAAUCUCUCUUCAAGACCUCCAAAAUGGUCAUCAUCAUCAUCAUCAUCAUCAACAUCAGCAGCAGCAGCAGCAGCAGCAGCAGCAUCACCCCCAGAUCCCUAACCCUUCUCAGAUUCAGCUUCCCAAUACCCACUUCGAUUCCUCUUCCCAGGACGACUUUUUCGAGCAAAUGCUCUCUACUCUCCCCUCUUGGUCUGACCUCCCCGCAAACCCUAAAUCUCCCUGGGAACUCAAUGCUUCCAACCCUAUCUCCAUGCCUUCCAACAAGUCUAGGGAUUUGUCCGACGAUACCACGCCGUCUAAUCCGGACAACGUUCAGUUCGCUUUCGACGAGUCCGCCAUGUUGGCCUCCAAGCUCCGCCAGCACCAGAUCAGCGGGAACUCGUCGGCGGCCAAGGCGGCGUUGAUGCUUCAGCAGCAGUUGCUUUUGUCACGAGGCGUCGCCAUGGGUAGGUCCCCGUCGAAUGGGUCCGGGGCCGGUGAGUCCGGCCUUCUUCAACUGCCUUUGUCACUUAGCAACGGGGAUUCUUGCCUCGUUGACCGAUCACAAAACGACGUCGUUGAUGGGUCCUCCUCCUUCAAAUCCCCCAAUCAGGGAGGAGACGCUUCAGUUCAAGCUCUCUACAAUGGCUUCGCCGGAGCUCUUCACGGCUCCGGUCAAGCCUCCAACCAAGCUCAGAAUUUCCACCAUCCUCAGGGUGGAUCAAUGCAGGCACAGAACUACGGAGCUCCGGCGACUGUGAUGAACCAGACACCGGCGACUGGCUCGGCGGGUGGUGCUCCAGCACAGCCCAGACAGAGGGUGAGGGCAAGAAGGGGUCAGGCAACUGACCCACACAGCAUCGCUGAGAGAUUACGUAGAGAGAGAAUUGCAGAGAGAAUGAAGGCACUGCAGGAACUGGUUCCCAAUGCCAACAAGACGGACAAGGCUUCAAUGCUGGAUGAGAUCAUCGACUAUGUCAAAUUCCUGCAGCUCCAAGUGAAGGUACUCAGCAUGAGCAGGUUGGGCGGUGCCGCAGCUGUUGCUCCCCUCGUUGCUGAUAUGUCCUCUGAGGGAGGUGGUGACUGUAUACAGGCUAGUGGGACAAGCGGCCCUACAGGAGGAAGGGCAACGAACGGAACACAAACAGCCACAUCAAACGACAGCCUCACAGUGACGGAGCACCAGGUGGCCAAGCUCAUGGAGGAGGACAUGGGUUCCGCCAUGCAGUAUCUUCAAGGCAAAGGCUUAUGCCUUAUGCCCAUCUCCCUCGCCACUGCCAUCUCCACCACUACCUGCCACUCCAGGAACCCCAUGGUGGCUGCUGCCGCCGUCGCCGCCUCCAACAUCAACAACGGCAGCCACGCUAACCCACUCCUACCUAAUUCCAACGCCGAUGGCCCCUCCUCCCCCAGCAUGUCCGUCCUGACCGUGCAGUCAGCCACCAUGGGGAACGGCCUGGCCGACGCGCCCGUAAAAGACGCUGCCUCCGUUUCCAAGCCCUGAUCACCUGCCGCACUUACUUUACUAGUCCGGUAGUGGGUAGAUGUCGGCCGUCAAAGUCUAGGGAAAUAAGGUGGUGGUGGUGGUGGUGGCGGUGUUGUAACGAGACUAGCUUAUUUACGUAGACUUUGGCUCUUCUCAUCAGCUAAGCUAACUACUACUAGUAAGUAGUAUUGAGUAUCACAACAAUACCCUAGUCCCUUUUCCUACUAAUUAUCAUCAUUUCUUUUUUUCUUUUUUAAUUAAAUGAUGAUAUUUAUUAUUUUUGUAAGUGUAAGCCAUGAAUAUGAUGUAUGACGAUGUCUGAUGUGGUAUUUAGCAGCUCGGAUGAAGUUGCCCGUUAUAUGAUAACUUAUUACGAAAA